UUCCAAAACCACGAACACUGUCCCAGAAAGCAGUCAUCAUGCCGCUCAUCCCGCUCAUCACCAUUUCCGCGCUGUCAGGAUACGGACUCUACCGUUCAUACGAGAACAUUACACGCCUGCAACAAUACGAAGAGCAGUCAGAGAAAGCUGCGAAAUGGUCCAACGCCGUCGCCGAACGUCUGCAUAAAACGCGGACAACGCAGACAAGCAGCACUCUUAGUCUACUGAUAUCGUUCUUGACGGCCAUUUAUCUGAUGAUUCCAACUACACUGAAGAGAUACCACUUCCUUCUCGCGGCGCUGUUGAAUGUCGGUGCCCUCUUCCUCUCGCGCUCGCACAUGGCGAGUUUUUGGAACGAUCGUAAACAGAUACAAGUUCCCUUUGUUGAGAAGUUCAACGAAGCCAUCAAGGGAAGUGAGGGUGUGGUCAAGCUACUGGGGCUGGUAUGCUCUACAUGGGCUGCAGCAGGCGCGCUCUGGAUGUCGGGGUUGGAAAACGCACUCUGGGCGCAAUUUGUAUUCAUGGCUGGUGUUGGUGCGUUGUCGUUGAUUACACGCAACGAGCCUCCCAAACAGGUAAACUAG